UGGAUUAAAUUAAUUAUUUUCCUCAAAAUUCUACAAACAAUACCCCAUAAUGACAACGUGAAAGAAGUUUGUUUGAAAUCUUUGCAAAUUUAUUAAAAAUAAAAAACAAAAAAGCACAUGUACAUAAGUAUUCACAGCCUUUGCGAUGACACUCAAAAUUGAGCUCAGGUGCAUCCUGUUUCCACUGAUCAUCCUUGAGAUGGUUCUACAACUUGAUUGGAGUCCACCUGUGGCAAAUUCAGUUGAUUGGACAUGAUUUGGAAAGGCACACACCUGUCUAUAUAAGGUCCCACAGUUAACAAUGCAUGUCAGAGCACAAACCAAGCCAUGAAGUCCAAGGAAUUUUCUGUAGACCUGCGAGACAGAAUUGUAUCGAGGCACAGAUCUGGGGAAGGGUACAGAAACAUUCCUGCAGCAUUGAAGGUCCCAAUGAGCACAGUGGCCUCCAUCAUCCAUAAAUGGAAGAAGUUUGGAACCAGCAGGACUCUUCCUAGAGCUGGCUGCCCGGCAAACUGAGCGAUCGGGGAGAAGGGCCUUAGUCGGGGAGGUGACCAAAAACCCGAUGGUCACUCUGACAGAGCUCCCGCAUGUCUCUGUGGAGAGAGGAGAACCUUCCAGAAGAACAACUAUCUCUGCAGCACUCCACCAAUCAGGCCUGUAUGGUAGAGUGGCCAGAUGGAAGCCACUCCUCAGUAAAAGGCACAUGACAGCCCGCCUGGAGUUUGCCAAAAGGCACCUGAAGGACUCUCAGACCAAACAUUGAACAAAGAUCGAACUCUUUGGCCCGAAUGGCAAGCUUCAUGUCUGGAGGAAACCAGGCACCACUCAUCACUUGGCCAAUACCAUCCCUACAGUGAAGCAUGGUGGUGGAAGCAUCAUGCUGUGGGGAUGUUUUUCAGUGGCAGGAACUGGGAGACUAGUCAGGAUAGAGGGAAAGAUGAAUACAGCAAUGUACAGAGACAUCCUUGAUGAAAACCUGCUCCAGAGCGCUCUGGACCUCAGACUGGGGAGAAGGUUCAUCUUCCAACAGGACAAUGACCCUAAGCACACAGCCAAGAUAACAAAGGAGUGGCUACAGGACAACUCUGUGAAUGUCUUUGAGUGGCCCAGCCAGAGCCCAGACUUGAACCCGAUUGAACAUCUCUGGAGAGAUCUGAAAAUGGCUGUGCACCGACGCUCCCCAUCCAACCUGAAGUAGCUUGAGAGGUCCUGCAAAGAAGAAUGGGAGAAACUGCCCCAAAAUAGGUGUGCCAAGCAUGUAGCAUCAUACUCAAAAAGACUUGAGGUUGUAAUUGGUGUCAAAGGUGCUUCAGCAAAGUAUUGAGCAAAGGCUGUGAAUACGUAUGUACGUGUCCUUUAUUUGUUUUUUAUUUUUAAUAAAUUUGCAAAGAUUUCAAACAAACUUCUUUCAUGUUGUCAUUAUGGGAUAUUGUUUGUAGAAUUUUGAGGAAAAUAAUGAAUUUAAUCCAUUUUGGAAUAAGGCUGUAACAUAAAAAAUGUAGGAAAAGUGAAGCACUGUGAAUACUUUCCGGAUGCACUGUAUACCUAUGCUGCAAAUUCAAUGUGAUAUUGAUACGCUGUCAUAAUGUGUUACAUUAUAGUAAAUUUACAAUACAGUAAAUAUUUACAAUACAGUAAAUAUUCCGUUUGAACCUUAGGAAAUUGUGUAUGAUAUUUAUUCUAUUUCUUUUUGUUACUUGAAUAUUGAGGUUUGGUUAGAAACAACUUUUCAAAAUACCUUCGUAAGUAUCUGGUCUUGGAUCUAUAGUUUACUUGUAUGUAGAUAAAUGGGAGAAGUUGACCUGGUUGGGUUGAAUGGAAUAAAAAAAAUAAAAACUUUCGAUAACAGAAACAUCUGAAUUGUUUGUUGUUUUUUGUAUUCAAUGGACCAAUUUCGAAAUUUGUUCAGUAGCCUAUACCAGAGGUUCUCAGGCAUUUUGCAUCCAGUGGCCCUUUAACUGUAAAAUAACUUCCAAGGAUCCACUCUGUACAGAGUUAAAGGUGUACAAAAAAUAUUUUGUCUGUUUACCAGAGCCAUAGCACUUUAUAUGACUAAAUUCUGCCCAAGCAGAACAUAGUAAAAACAAAUGUUCGCAUUAUUUUAUAGGCCUACUUGUUUUUGAGUUAUUGCGGAUUUAAUUAAACGCGUUCAAUUAAUGUGACCAAACAAACUGAUAACUAAAAGAACUCAAUAAUAAGAACUCGAUAAUAAAUAGUCUGACCAGCUGCCAUAACACAGCUCAGGGUGCUAAAACUGGCCACUGACUCACUCUUUUCCAAUUGGUUUCUGAAUUAGGGUUACUAGUACAAUUUCACCGACAGGUCAAUUUCAAAGAAAUAACACAACACUAAAGCAAGUAGAAAACUCAAACAUUUAUUUGACCAUUUUCUCCACAAUUUCUCCACCUGCCAAAUUCUCAGCACCAGCCAGCUCUCCCCUACCAACUGGGGAGGGUGAAGGCUGAAACUUAACACCCCUUAUCAAAUAAUGAGGCUGGAAAAAACUGGCAAGGAUGGUCUACCAUAUGUUGGAAGCUGAUCAGACUAAGCUUGAUUUUCAGCAGGGCUGGAAAAAAGUGGUAUGAAAAAGGAUUAGAUGGGUUUAUAGCUAGUAAUAACUGAAGGUGGUAUUUUUUUCUUCAUUUUUAUUUUAUUUUAUUUUAUUACAGAAGAUAGUGCUUGGGUUUAUUAAAGUCCAUGUCAGCUCAUGUGCAUUAGAAUAGAACUGUCUCAGGACUAUUUCUCGGUAGUCUACUGUUGCUGCCUAGUUGUAUUUCAGCUCCUUAUCUGCGCUCCAUUGUGAUUCGAUUAAUAGGCCUGCAAGCUGGUUUGAAUGUACCGAAGGAGCCGACAGAGCAACGACAUGGCACAAAACAGGAUGUAUUUUAAUGGUAUUUAUUGCAGAUAAUUGCAAUGUAAAUAGACCUACACUGGAAAGACGAAUCAGGGCGAUUCGAGGAUUUAUGUCCGGAGAGAGGAUGUUUCCUCCCUGCUAGUUAAACAGGCCACCCGGAUCUAUUAGCCUAGCCUAGCUAGCUCUCUGCUUUCACGGUGAUAACAACACCCCAGUCAUGGUGUUGAUGAUGGAAUCGCAGUGCGAGUAUUUCAUGUAUUUCCCCGCAGUGCCCAUUUCUGACCUGUCAGACCCGGCCCGGUACCGCACCCUCCCGCGUCGCAGCCAUCUGUACCUGGGGGAGACGGUGCGCUUCCUGCUGGUGCUGCGCGCGCAGAGCGGCUCGGGCUCCGGGUGCAGUGAGGAGCGCGCGGGCCGAGGCUGGAGGGAACUGGCCGCGUCUCUGCGCGCGCUCGCCAGCGUGUGUCCGGGUGAGAGCAGGGCGAGGGGGAGGGAGCGUUCCGUGGAAGAUGGAGCCGAGGAGGAGGAGAGUGAUGAAGAUGAUGGAGCGGCGAGCUGCUCAGUCAGAGGAGCCACGACAUACCGGGGAUUCAGGGAGUGUAAGCCGCUUCUCAUUCACAAUAACCCCGGUAACGGCGCCAGGGAGUUCCGCAGAGCUCCUGUGCAGUCACCUGUGGAUGAGCCAGUGGUUCUGAAUGAUGAAGUCAUCUUCCCCCUGACUGUGUCCCUGGAUAAACUCCCGGUUAACACACUCAAAGUGAAGAUCAUAGUGACUGUAUGGAAGCAGGAGGAGGAGGAGAAGGCUGAGAUCCAGGAACAUGGCUACCUCAGCAUUCUACAGCAGAAGAGCCCGUGCCAAACCUUCCGCCAGGACCUCAAUACCUUCAAAGCCCAAGUCAGCACCACUCUGAACGUCCUUCCUCCGCCCACAGUGAAGUGUCAGCAGAUGACUGUGUCUGGGAAACAUUUGACUGUGCUUAAAGUGUUAAACGGAAGCUCUCAGGAGGAGGUGUGUGUACACGAUGUUCGAAUCCUGCCCAACUUCAAUGCCUCUUAUUUACCCAUGAUGCCUGAUGGCUCAGUGCUGCUGGUCGACAAUGUGUGCCAUCAGUCAGGCGAGGUUGCCAUGGCGUCCUUCUACAGGAUGGACAGUGAGUCUAGUCACCUUCCCAGCAUGCUCAGCGCUCUGGAGCAGCAAAACUUCCUGUUUCAGCUGCAGCUCAGCGACCAGGCCCAAGAUGAUUCUAAUGAGGGUCUUGAGGUGCCACUGAUAGCAGUCCUCCAGUGGUCCACUCCCAAGCUGCCAUUCACCAGCUGCAUCUACACACACUACAGUGUGCCUAGCAUCAGACUGGACCGGCCUCAUUUCAUCAUGACCGCGAGCUGCCCCAGUGCCGUAAGGGCUCAUGAGCACUUCAGAGUGCGCUACACGCUCCUCAACAACCUGCAGGACUUCCUGGCUGUACGGCUCGUCUGGACACCAGAGGGCCGUGGGCAGAAGGAGGAUCCGGCAGUAAAUGCAGUAGUGUGUCAUUCUCCUCUAAGUAACCUUGGUUACUGUCGCAAAGGCAGCACUCUCUCUGUGUCUGUGGCCUUCCAGAUCCUCAAAGCCGGCCUCUUUGAGCUGAGUCAGCACAUGAAACUAAAGCUGCAGUUUACAGCAUCCGUGUCGAACCCUCCCCCUGAAGCUCGUCCUCUCUCGCGUAAAAACAGUCCGUCCAGUCCUGCUGUACGAGACAUUCUGGACCGACACCAGGCCAGCCUGAGCCUGGGCCGCUCACAGUCCUUCUCCCAUCAGCAGCCUUCCAAAUCCCACCUCACCAGGACAGGCAGUGUUAUGGAACGGCGUGCAAUCACUCCUCCUGUCGGCUCUCCUGUCGGUCGGCCACUCUACCUCCCCCCGGAGCGGAGCAUUUUAUCGCUAGACAAGAUCGCCAAGCGCGAGUGCAAAGUGCUGGUGCUGGAGUCACACAGCUAAAUGUACAAACACACGCACGUGCACACACACACAAAUGCAUCACUGGGAAGAAUAGGAAGCGUCACACUGGAAAUUAAUUUUGAAAUCUUAGUUGUAGUGAGUUGUUAAUUGUCCAACUAGACCUGAUUUGUUCUGGAAAAGUGUCAUGUGGAAUGUUUAAGGUUCACUGUAAUGUAGCAGACACAGGGUCCUUUAGUUCUAGUAGUGUUCAACUAAGGGAUAGAUUUUUAUUUGUUUCUAAACAUUCAUUGUUUACAUGCUGUGCAUUAUGCUCUCCUUUCAGAUCAGGCUCAAAAUAUGAUUCUGUCUAUUGACUUCAUUCUGAAAAGCAGGCAAAAUGAGAACAUAUAGAAAUGUUGGAAUCCACAAGUAGUUCAGUCACUUUAAAGCCUUGUUAUAAAAUUCGUCACUCAUAUUGAUUCAGUGCACUGCGUGAAGAAGAAGAAGAGUGUCUGAGGAAACACACAGGGUCAUGAAACUGGAAUUGACUGCAAGUCAACCUGCUUGAAUGUUUGUUUAUAACAUUUGUGAGUCAGUCUUUUCUGACUGCUCUGUAUUACAGUAUGCUGUUCCACUGACCUCCACCAGUGGAUACCCUUUAUUUUUUUUAUUCUUAAAAUUAUUUCUGAAUGUAAAUGUAUUUAUUUAUUUUUCAUGGUCUUGCCAGUCUUAAUAUCUACAUCCAUUCCUUUUGCUCCAGCGCAAUCCUUUGUAUUUCUUUAUUUUAAUGUUUUAAUUUUUUUCUUUAUUUUAUUUGCUUUCAUGAGCCUUAAAAUUGAUUGGGGUUUCCUUUUUUGUUUAUUGAUACUGAUAUAAGCUGCUAUUAUGUAUCACAGUACAUUUCAAUCUUAAGUGUUGUUUUUGGAAACUGAAAUGCAAACUACUGCAGCAUGAGUUUUUGAUUGUCUCUUCAGCUGACUGUGAUCACGAUGGUUAAAAAACUGUUCUGAAAGGCCAAAUUAAAAUAUUAUGCAAUCUUGGGAUUCAAACUAUAGUGCUCUAGUGUAGCGUAGUCUUUGAUAUUAGCAACAUUCACACAUAUAACCGCUUUCUUCUCUAAUACAUGAUUAUCAUUUAAUGGAAUAUGGAAUGGUCUUUCCUGAUCUCAGCAACAUCCAGCUUGAGGUUUUUCUCUCCUUUUCUCAUAGUGCUUUGCCUUUUGCACAAGCACUUUCCCUCAUUCUCCCACACACAAAACAAUGCUGAUGCCCACGGGUGAGAUGACGAGCCACUUUAUGUUCCUCCUGGAAGGCGUCGUGUUGUCUGACAUCAUUUUGAUUUAUUUCUAUACUUUACAUUUAUAUUCAGCGAGUCCCAUGUUGCAGUUCUGUGCUCCAAUGGUAGCUACCAUAAUCAUGUUAUUGAUUUUUUUUGUGUAUUGAUUUUGUGUCAGUCUUUGGGAGGCAGAUGCUGACAUGCCUCUCAGCUGUAUUGAUAAUUGAACAGAAGGCAUUCUCCUGAUUUCACCUUAGAAUCAUUCCAUGAUCAGAUUUGACCCUUUAAAUAGUGAACUGGUGUGCAUUAACAUUUAGUGCUUGUCUGGAAAUGAGAGUUUGUAUUCCAUAGUCAAAUUUUAGCUAGGUAGUGAAGCUACCUGCUUAAAAGCUUUCUCUUUUGCAGUUCUCUGUAGUCCAAUAGCUACAAAUAUGAUCAACCUGACUGACCUACGUUACUGUAUGAGGCACAAGAAUGUGAUUAUAAUGGCAUGGCUUCGAUAGGAAGAAUUCCCUCUCAUUAUUUCAAUGUUCAACAAACCAAUAGAUUUUUAUGUCCAACUAUUUCAAACUUUGGAUCAGCAGACUUGAAGUUGGUACUACUCCAUGAAUGAAUUUUCAUGUUUUAUUAUUUUGUUUGUUUUUUGCUUUGUUGUUUUUUUUGUAUUACAUCAUAGGAAUCCAAUUGGUACAUUUCUCAUAUGGGUUAUUGAAGUUUUUUUUUUUCAUCUAAGCACUUUAUUGCAAUUGUUUUAUCUUUCUUGGAUUGUCAAGUGAUUUGAUUGCUGAUCUCUGAAGGUUUACUCUUAUUAUCUAAAGUGUUUCAAUCACAAAAUGUGUUUAAAGUUUGUUACCAAGUACGAUUACCUACUGGGUAAUGCACUUGAAAGAACAGAAUAAAUGGAUGUGGGCAUUUGUAAUGUUUUUAAAAUAUUUAAUUUAUUUAUUUAUUUAUUUAUUAUUUUUUUUAAAACAACAUACAGCCUUUAAAA